AUGUCCUCAUCACUAAAUACAGAAGCGAAGGCCUCCUCGGUGGAUGAAGAGAAGCAAAUCUAUGAUAAACAGACAUCCGAUAACACAUCUGACGAGUUGGAACAUGCCAUUGAAGAAGAAAAAUCCAUUGGUGUUUUAAAAGCUGAGUUACUUGCUGAGCAAUGGAAACAUACAUUUUGGUACAAGGUAGUUUUGUUGGUUUCUGCAUUCUUGGUUGGUUAUGCUUAUGGGCUUGAUUCACAAAUAAGAUAUGUCUUUACUGGUUAUGCUACUGCUUCUUGGUCCCAACACUCUUUGUUGACUACUGUUAAUGCCAUCACUGCAUUGACUGCUGCUGCGUCUCAGCCAGUGUAUGCUAGAUUAUCUGAUGUCUUUGGCAGGUUGGAGUUGUUUCUCGUUGCCGUUUUGUUUUAUGUUGUUGGUACGAUUAUCGAAUGUCAGUCGCCAAAUAUCAAUGCGUAUGUCGCUGGUGCUGUUUUGUACCAAAUUGGAUACAGCGGUGUUCUCAUUGUGUUGUUGUUUAUCUUGUCAGAUUUCUCAACUUUGAGGUGGAGAUUGUUUUACUCAAUCUGCCCAGCACUUCCGUUCAUCAUUAAUACUUGGAUUUCGGGUAAUGUUACUGGUGCAGUCGGUAUGAAUUGGAAGUGGGGUAUUGGAAUGUGGGCGUUCAUUUUCCCAUUGGCUUGUAUCCCUUUCGUUUGUUGCAUGAUCCAUAUGAGAUGGUUGGCAGGUAAAACUCAAGAAUGGGUCGAGUUUAAGAAAAAAGAGACGCUUUAUCAGAAAUUUGGAUUGUCCGGGUUUAUAAAGUAUUUGUUUUGGAAAUUGGACUGCAUUGGGUUGCUCUUGAUGGUUGUUUCAUUGGGUUGCUUAUUGAUCCCAUUGACCUUAGCUGGUGGUACCAAAGAGAAAUGGCAGCAAGGAAACAUCAUUGCCCCAAUUGUUGUUGGCUGUGUUUUGAUUCCCGUUUUCUGUUUGUGGGAAUAUUUUGCUAAAGAUCCCAUCAUUCCAAUUACUUUAAUGAAGGAUCGUGGUAUCUGGUCUGCUGGUUUAAUCUCCUUGUUGUUUGACUUUGUCUACGCAGUGGAAGCAAGUUUCUUGUACACUGUUUUAAUCGUUGCCGUUGAUGAGAGUCAGAAAUCGGCAACUAGAAUCACCACACUUUCCUCGUUUGCAUCCACUCUUUGUUGUAUGCUUUUUGGUUUGUUUGUCGUUUACUUUAAACGCUUGAAGGGAUUCGUCAUGCUUGGUUGUUCAUUAUGGAUGGUGGCAUUCGGUAUCAUGUACCACUUUAGAUCCUCCUUGGGAGCACACAGCGGUAUCAUUGGGGGUCAAGUACUCAUGGGUAUCGGUACUGGUUUCUUUUCGUACCCACUUACCGUGUCUGCGCAAAGCUGUGUCAGUCACGAGCACAUGGCUGUUAUAACGUCAGCAAUUUAUACCCUUUACAGGGUCGGUUACGCAGUUGGAUCCUCCGUCGCAGGUGCCAUUUGGUCUCAAACAUUAAUCAAGAAGUUGGAAAAAUAUCUUGAUGCAACUACCGCAACCAGUGUUUACAGCAGUCCGUACGUGUUUGCACAAACCUACGCAUGGGGCUCACCUGAAAGAGAAGGAGCUACAAAAGCUUAUGGUGAAAUUCAAAGAAUAUUGAUGAUCGUUUGUUUGUGUUUUGUUGCACCAAUGAUUGUUGGUUCAUUGUUCUUGAGAGAUAAGCAGCUUGGAAGAGAACAAAGUAUAGAAAACGUGGAGGAGCAAGAUGAACAAGAUUCCUUGUUCAGUUUUAUCAAGAGUCUUGGUGGUAGAAGAACUAGGAGAGGUGGAGAAGAAAAGGCUUAA